GAAGAUUCAGGACGUCUGCAAACAUCUCAGCCCAUUAUGGUGUGGACAGGUGUGCUGAGGGCAGUGCUCCUCCUCUCUCUGCUCUCUUCAGGAAUCAGGGAUGUUGAAGGCCAGAGAACUGUAGACCUGAAGGCACUGGAGCACAUAGUCAGUGUGAUAAAUGUGCAUAACAAUAAAAACCCAUCGACAUCUGCACCAGCAUCUGGAUCAGCAUCUGCGCCGGAUGAUGUUCAGUAUGCUAUGGCAAUCAGGAUUGCAAAGGAUGGUUGUCUAAAAGAAACUGAUAGUGCGAACUUUGUAUCUCUUAAAGAAGAAGUCAGUCAAUUCAAGAACCAACUGGAGAAAAAAGGGGUGUAUUAUGAAAGAAAUACAAUCAUUGCUGCAAGACCUAGUGAAAGGCCUGAUAGGCAUUCAGAGUACACACUGUUGAUAGAAGACGAGGGGAAGGCCAUUAAAAACUUGCUAAAGGAUGAAAAGGGAAGAAAAGAUGAUUGUGUAAUCUUUUACACCUACAACUCCCCCUGUUUAGACACGUGCCUAGAUGAAGAGAAAGAUAAAGCCAAACAAAUUCUGUAUGAUAAACAACAAAAAAAACAAAAACAAAACCAAAACCAAAACCAAAACCAAGGCAGCCAAUCAUUAAUUCUGAAGUGCAUUUAUAAUCAUCUCGGUGUUCUUAACUCCCUCCAAGGGCCAAGGGCCUUUGUUUUCACACAGAUCUACAGAAACGACAAAAAUAAGGAUAUAAACCUUCUGAGAACAGCUUUCAAGGAGAUAACAAAAACAAUUCCUCUGUAUCAGUGUGAUAACAAUAAUAAGUGUCGGCCUUGUGAGGAGAAUAAUGCAUUCUGUGUCCCUGACAAGCUUUGAACUUUAGGUUUGACUUUGCCUGGGUAGACCAGUUCUUAUCUGAUCUCUAUCAAACGCCAAAUCCAGAGAUGCUGAACAGACCUGCUUUAACCCCAAUUUACCUGCUCAAUUCGCACUGUUAGCAUUGUAGCUUUUUCAAGCCAAAAGGUAGGAUUCACUGAUUCAGUCGAUGACAUUGUAAUUGUGCCCUGGCUCCAUACUGUAUGUGACAGGUUUCCUAAAUGAGUGACUCUCUGACUCCAGCUCAAAGACGUUUUACAGUACAGUCAUACGCAAAAGUUUGAACACCCCCUGGUCAAAUUACAGGUUGUGUUGAUUUUCUGGGUGAAAAUAUGUGAACAUCUACAGUGCUCCUCUACAGAGUACACAUGUAAACUGUUGCAAAUUUUAGUUUCUAUGCAUGGGAAAAAAUUAAAACAUAAAAUAUAAUAUGAACCAUAACUUUUGCUUAGGCCACAUUUUGUGUUUGAGUAAAUGUUGACUGGCUGAAUUCAGCACAAGAUCUUCAAUUAUCACCGAGUUUGCACUAAUCAGGUGAAGUUCGGGGAAACAUGCUGUUGUGGCAUUCGACCAUACCACCAAUGCAGCAGAUAGAGAUUAGGUUGAAAAACUCUCUUUAACACAUACAGCACAUAAAAAUAAAUGAAAUGUAAAACAGUUGACUUUCACAUCAUAUAAAAGCUAUGUUAUCUCUGCUUGCUCUGUAUUAGUAAUCUAUAUCAGGAGUUCAUGCUUUGCCAAUAUGUUACUCUUUAAAUUCAAUAAAUACUGCAGCAUUGAUCACA